AUGUUCAUUAUUAGUUAUGAAGCAGGGGUCCGGAAAUGCGGGUCCACCAGACAGGAGAAAGCUGACCAAUCAGGUGCCAGCGUGCAAAGGAAAAAAAGUUUAGAGUGUGAACGGCUGUCUGCUUCUUUUCUAAGAACUGAUUCCUUCAAUAAACAGCAACAACCUCACCCUCGACGUUUCGCCUUUCUAUACACCCAUCUUUUGACGAGAUUGACUUCCAGAUCAAACCACCUUGGACGGCCAGAAAACUUACCUUCUGAGAUAAACCCAGCCAACGUCAAACUCACUUCAGUCACCACUCAAAAUCACAAUCUUGGCAUUGAAAAGAAAAUGGCACGGGAACCGACCAACACCAAGCAGGCCGCCAAACCUGUGGCUGAUGUCAUUGAGUUAUCAUCAGACUCUGAGCCAGAGACGGUCGAGACUAAGCCUCAGCAAAUCCCAUCCGUCGAAAACGCGCCACAGGAGAAGCCAGCUCACACAGGUGAUUAUGAGCAACCGCUCCUAAAGGUCGUCGGCAUCAAGUACAAGACAGACAAGACUGAGAAUCAGCCACAACAAGACAUGAACUCCACACCGUUAAGCUCAAAAAUGACUCUCCGGUCCAAGGGGACUGGCUCAGUUAAGCACAAGCAUGUCAGCAUUGAGAUUCCACUGCCAUCAUCAUCCUUGUUGCGGAAAAAGGCUAGCGGUGAUGAUGAGAGCGGAGAGGAGAGCGGCCACGAGGUUUUUAAGACACCAAUGGAGCGCAGACACAUCACAUUCAACGACAGUGACCAGGAGGAUUUUGUCACCCCCAGCGAGGCACCAAGGAGAAACCCCUUGGAGCUCCAGAUCAAGGCCGAGACUGCGAAGGAAGAAGCUGCCAAGGAAGAAGAUGAGGAGGAAUCAGAGGACGAGUCGGAUGACGAGGCCCCAGAGGCUGUUUCGACGCGCGUUGCUGAAGCUCAGACCACCAAGGCUGCUGAAGCUGCUGCGAAAGCUGUUGAAGAACAAGAAGCUGCCGCAAAGCGGAAGAGACAAGAGCGUGAUGCGUUCCUCAAACAGCAGGCUAAGGAGAGAAAGCAGGCCAAGAAGCCGGUUGUAGAAGCUGACUCGGAGGAUGAGCUGGAAGAGCCAACGCCAGCUCCGGCUGAAAAGAGGAAGCGGGAGGUGCCUAAACUUUUACCUCUGGGCCUUUUGGAGUCCGAUGACGAGGACGAUGAGUCUCAUGAAGAUAAUUCUGGCGCAAACAACAAGAGGAGAAAGGUAGACCAGGUGGCUGCACUUCUCCGUGGACCCAAGCUUCCUCGCGAUCAACGGGUGGGAUCUACCGUGUAUCGCGUCGAGGUAAAACGAGGCAGCGAGAAACUUGCGCCCAAGGCCAAGAAGCAGUCUAUCAACGCGAAGGAGGCUCUUCUCAAAAGAAACCGGACACCUCAGCGGAGACCAGGUUUCAGGCGCUAA